AAGAACUAGUGAGGUUCAAGAUGAAACUAGUCAAGACUGAAAAUGAGGAUAGUUCAACUAUGAAGAGUACUUUGAGAUAUACAUUUGUUGCGCCUGGUUCUAUUGGAAAGGGACGAGGACGAGGACGAGGAGUUGGACUUGAAUCGUUGGGUGAGAAAGGGAAUAUGCCAGCUAAGAAGUUAUUUUCUCAAUCUAAUGAUCUUGUUAACCACUACAUCCAAGAAAUUGAAACAAGGAAGACUCGAGGACUAGGACAGAAAAGUUAUACAAUGUCUAGUAGUCAAGGAAUGGAAACAAUGCGUAAGAGCUCCCUGGAUCUUGAGAAAGAGAACAUGAAAAUUAAUAUUCCAUCUCCUACAUGUACUAAUCAAGUUAAGCAACAAUCAAGUUAA